AUGGAGCUGGAAAUCAACUGCUCUGAAUUCUGUGACAGUUUUCCUGACCAGGAGCUGGAUCGGAGACCCCUCCAUGAUCUUUGCAAGACAACCCUUAUUGACUCACAACACAGCAGUGCAGGCGUCUCUCCGCUGUCUCCUGCCCUCUUGGGGGUUGUUUGGACUUUUCUCAGCUGUGGGUUACUUCUGGUGCUUUUCUUUCUUGCUUUCACAAUUCGCUGCAGGAAGAACAGGAUUGUGAAGAUGUCCAGCCCCAAUCUGAACAUUGUGACCUUACUGGGCAGCUGUCUGACUUACAGCAGUGCUUACCUUUUUGGGAUUCAAGAUGCUUCAGUGGGGAAUUCAAUGGAAGCGCUCGUUCAGAUGAGACUGUCCAUGCUGUGCAUUGGGACAUCCCUUGUGUUCGGCCCUAUUCUGGGGAAGAGCUGGCGACUCUACAAGGUGUUCACCCAGAGGGUCCCCGACAAGAGAGUGAUUAUCAAAGACCUGCAGUUGCUGGGGUUGGUGGCAGUCCUGGUGGUAGCUGAUGUUAUCCUGCUUGUCACGUGGGUGCUGACUGAUCCCAUCCAGUGCCUCCAGAUCCUUGGAGUGAGCAUGAAGGUGACAGGGAGAGAUGUGUCCUGCUCUUUGACCGACACACACGCCUGUGCUUCGCGGUACUCCGAUGUCUGGAUUGCUCUGGUUUGGGGAUGCAAGGGACUGCUACUGCUGUAUGGUGCUUACCUGGCUGGCCUGACCAACCAUGUCAGCUCUCCUCCGGUGAACCAAUCCUUGACCAUCAUGGUCGGAGUCAACCUCCUGCUGCUCACCGCGGGCCUGAUUUUCGUGCUCACCAGAUACUUGCACUCCUGGCCCAAUCUAGUCUUUGGAUUCACAUCUGGAGGGAUCUUCAUUUGCACAACCACUGUGAACUGCUGUGUGUUCCUUCCCCAGCUGAAGCAAUGGAAGGCAUUUGAAGGAGAAAACCAAACAACCCGACGCAUGGCCAAAUAUUUCAGCACUCCUAGCAAAGCCUUCCACAGCCAGUUUGACGAGGACCAGAACGGCCACCUGAGGGAUGAGAAGAGCUGCAUGGAGAGGCUUCUCACAGAAAAAAAUGCAGUAAUCGAAAGCCUGCAAGAACAAGUCAACAACGCCAAGGCGAAGAUAGUAAAGCUGAUGUCUUCAGAGUGCUCCUACGACUCCCCGGAGUGGACUGUCCCAGCUGCAGCCUCGGCCCAUGGGCUGGCAGUUCAGGGACCUUCAGAAUACCCCACUGCCUCUGAGAAUGCUGUCGGUGCAGCUGCCGAGGACUCCCUGCAUGCCUCCGUGGCCUCCCAGUACCUGGAAAGCCCUGGAGCAUCUAAAAGGGACGAUAGUCCUUCCGGAGACCAAAAGGAUAACGUGACUUUGAAACAGUUCUGUGAUCAUUUGGACAGGGGUUGCAGCCCAAAGUCACAGGCUGAACAAAGUGAGGGUCCAGAAAGAGGUGAUCAGGGACCCAUGACACCCAGCCAGAGUUUCAUGGCUGAUAGAGUGGGGUGUGACCCCCAUAGGCCCAGGCAGAAUUCAGAGGAACUCCCAGAGAGGCCACCUCGGGUCAGUUCAGUGGUCAGAGAGAAGCUUCAGGAAGUCCUACAAGAGCUGGACCUGGGCCCCGAGGCUCCCCUUUCCCCACUACCUUGUUCCCAACAGCUUUGGAAGAGCGCCACUUCCCGCAGUCCCCAGAAGCUGUCUCCAUCUAAACUGGGUUUCAGCCCAUAUGUGGUGAGGAGGAGACGGGCUGCCCAGCGGGCUCGCUCCCACAUCCCUGCCUCGGUGGCCCUCAAUAUGGGGCAACAGGCAAAUAGGGCGGUUUCUGGUGCCCAAAGCGGGCUGGUUGAGCAGAGCCGGGACAGCCCCAGGCUGGACCACCAAAAUGCGAGGUCCAAGGUACCACGGUCCUCUUCUGUAAAACUGUCACCACUCUCAGAUCCUCCCCAGAGACGGAGUGCCCUAGAGGGUAACAAGCGAUGCCAGCCCGAGCCUCAGGGGGCUGGAGGAUGCGAUGUAAGCGUUCCUUGCCAACCUUCUGCUUUUGCCCCACGCCCACCCUCUUCACCAGGUCUGCCCAGGCACCAUCAGUCUCGACUCCUAGCGUCCCCUGGAUAUCCUGCCUUGUCCUCUGGGUGCUACAACCUGGACAGUGAGUCCAGCAGCUCAGACGAAUUCUUUUGUCGCUGCCACCGGCCCUACUGUGAACUCUGCUUCCAGAGCUCUUCAGACUCCGGUGACAGCGACACCUCAGACAGUGACCUUGAGCAGCCUUCAGGACGAGCCUCCUGGGAAAAGCUGUGGUCCCGCUCCAAGCCUGUUGUGAACUUUAAAGAUGACUUGAAGCCCACACUAGUGUGA